GGCUCCGCCCCGCCCUCAGCCAGAAGUUAGAGCCUCCCUCGGGCCGCGGCGGAUCUCAUCUCCGGGAGCAGGAGCGGCCCGACCCGCGCUAGAACCAUGGGCUCCAUGUUCCGCAGCGAGGAGGUGGCCUUGGCCCAGCUGUUCCUGCCCACGGCCGCCGCCUACACCUGUGUGAGCAACCUGGGAGAGCGCGGCCUGGUGGAGUUCCGAGACCUCAACGCCUCCAUGAGCCCCUUCCAGCGGCGCUACGUGGGGGAAGUGCGGCGCUGCGAGGAGCUGGAGAAGACCUUCUCCUUCCUGCAGGAGGAGCUGAGAAGAGCCGGGCUGACACUCCCGGAGCCCCAGGGGAACCCGGAGGCGCCCCCGCCUAAGGAGCUGUUGCACAUCCAGGAGCAGACCCAGCAGGUGGCGCAGGAGCUGCGGGAGGUCCGCGGGAACCACCAGACCAUGCGCAUGCGGAUGCACCAGCUCCAGCAGCACAUCGCCGUCCUGCGCCAGGGGCCCCACACGCGCGGCCAGCACCUUCCCGAUGCUCCGGGCAGCCGGCCCUUGGAAGAGACCCCUUUACUGGAUCCCCACACUGGGCCCCGAGCAGAUCUCAGGAUUAGUUUUGUGGCAGGGACGGUCCCACUGUGCCGCGCGGGGGCCCUCGAGCGCCUCCUGUGGCGGGCGUGCCGCGGCUACCUCAUCGCCAGCUUCGUGGACAUGGAGGAGCCCCUCGAGGACCCCCUGACGGGGGAGAGCGCGCCCUGGGUCAUCUUCCUCAUCUCGUACUGGGGAGAGCAGAUCGGGCAGAAAAUCCGCAAGAUCACAGACUGCUUUCACUGCAACGUGUUCCCGUACCCGGAGCGGGAGGAGGAGCGUGUGGCCAGCCUGCAGCACCUGCAGCAGCAGAAGCAGGACCUGAGCGUGGUGCUCCAGGAGACGGAGCACUUCCUGGGCCAGGUGCUCGGGCGGGUGCGGGGCCUGCUGCCCCCCUGGCAGGUGCAGAUCCGCAAGAUGAAGGCCGUCUACCUGACGCUCAACCAGUGCAGCUUCAGCGUCACAGACAAGUGCCUCGUGGCCGAGGUCUGGUGCCCGGCCCGCGACCUCCUGGCCCUGCAGCAGACCCUCAACGAGAGCUCGCUCCGCAGCGGGGCCGGCGUGGGCACCGUCGUGCACCGGAUCCCCUCCAGAGACCCGCCUCCGACCCUGGUCCGCACCAACCGCUUCACCGCCAGCUUCCAGGGCAUCGUGGACGCCUACGGCGUGGGGCGCUACCAGGAGGUGAACCCGGCCCCCUACACCAUCAUCACGUUCCCCUUCCUCUUUGCCGUCAUGUUUGGCGACGUGGGCCACGGGCUGCUCAUGUUCCUAUUCGCCCUGGCCAUGGUGCUAGGAGAGAACCGGCCGGGCAUGAAAGCCUCACAGAAUGAGAUCUGGAGGACCUUCUUCGGGGGCCGCUACCUGCUCCUCCUCAUGGGGGCCUUCUCCGUCUACACCGGCUUCAUCUACAACGAGUGCUUCAGUCGAGCCUCCGCCAUCUUCCCCUCGGGCUGGAGCGUCAGGACCAUGGCGAGCCAGUCCAACUGGAGCUCGGGAUUUCUGGCCAGCCACCCGGUGCUCAGCUUGGACCCCAACGUCACUGACGUGUUCCGAGGACCCUAUCCCUUCGGUAUCGACCCGAUAUGGAGUCUGGCCAUCAACCACCUGAGCUUCCUCAACUCCUUCAAGAUGAAGAUGUCAGUGAUCCUGGGCAUCCUGCACAUGACCUUUGGGGUCAUCCUGGGUGUUUUCAACCACAUACACUUCAGGCAGCCCCACCGGCUGGUGCUUGAGUUCCUCCCCGAGAUGCUCUUCCUCCUGGGCCUCUUUGGCUACCUGGUGUUCAUGAUCACCUACAAGUGGCUCUGCUUCUCGGCCGCCAGCUCCCCGUGGGCGCCCAGCAUCCUCAUCCACUUCAUCAACAUGUUCCUCUUCUCCCGGAGCCCCACCAACAAGCCCCUGUACCCCCACCAGGAGCCCGUGCAGAUGUUCCUGGUGAUCGUGGCUCUGGCCUCGGUGCCCGUCCUGCUCCUGGGGACGCCCCUCUACCUGUGCUCCCGGCACCGGAGGCGGCCCGGCCGCGGCCCGCAGGGCUCCUCCGAGAAGAGCCGCCUUCUGGGCGAGCCCUCCCCGAACGGCCUGGGAGCCGAGGAAGAUGAGGAGAAAGGCUGGCAGGAGGAGGAAGAGGAGGCCGGAUUCGACUUCUCGGAGGUCUUCAUGCACCAGGCCAUCCACACCAUCGAGUACUGCCUGGGCUGCAUCUCCAACACCGCCUCCUACCUCCGGCUCUGGGCCCUGAGCCUGGCCCACGCCCAGCUCUCCGAGGUGCUGUGGGCCAUGGUGAUGCGCAUCGGGCUGGGCAUGGGCCGCGAGGUGGGCGUGGCCAGCGUGGCGCUGGUGCCCGUGUUCGCCGCCUUCGCGGUGCUCACCGUGGCCAUCCUGCUGGUGAUGGAGGGGCUGUCGGCCUUCUUGCACGCGCUGCGUCUGCACUGGGUGGAGUUCCAGAACAAGUUUUACGCUGGCACCGGCUACAAGCUGAGCCCUUUUACCUUUGUGGUGGAGGAGAGUGCUCUGUAGAUCUGUGUUCAAUGCCCACCGUGCCCACAUCCGAUGCCCACCACCCUCACGCCCACCAUCCCUGUGCCCAAUGCCCACACCUGUGCCCGAUACCCACCGUGCCAGUCUGGUGCCCACAUCAAUGCCCACCACCCCAUGCCCAAUGCCCAUGCUUUAUGCCCACCCCCACGCCCGAUGCCCACCACACUCCCCAGUGCUACCACAGGAAUAAAAGACCCGAACGAGA